GAGCGGGAGCCGGAGCGGGAGCCGGAGCCGGAGCGGGAACCGGAGCUGGAGCCGAAGCUGGAGCCGGCAUUGCAGCGCACGGGGCGGAGCGCGGCAGCCAAGCCGAGGGAGUGGAAGGGCCUUCCCCGUGAGAAGUCAGAGCUGUGCCUGUGGGCAGGCUGGCUUCACUGUUCUGCCCCAAGGAUUACAUGUCCUUCAAAUGCCCUUGCCCCUUAGCACGAUACAACCGCACCAGCUACUUCUACCCCACGUUCUCAGACAGCUCGGAGCACAGCCAUCUGCUGGUGUCCCCGGUGCUGGUGGCGAGUGCUGUCAUAGGUGUGGUCAUUACCCUCUCCUGCAUCACCAUCAUCGUGGGCAGCAUCCGUAGGGACAGGCAGGCCCGGCUUCAGCGCCACCACCGCCACCAUCGGCGCCGCCACCACCAUCACCGCCACCGCCGACGUCGACCCCGGGAAUACGAGCAGGGCUACGUGUCAGACGGACACACGCACAGCCGCUCCAGCCGAAGGAUGCACUACACCUGCAGCCCCGCCGAAGACUGGCCCCCACCCUUGGACGUCAGCUCAGACGGGGACGUGGAUGCCACGGUGCUCCGAGAGCUGUACCCAGAUGCUCCCCCAGGCUACGAGGAGUGUGUGGGGCCAGGAGCCACUCAGCUCUAUGUUCCCACGGAUGCACCCCCACCCUACUCACUGACCGACUCCUGCCCUACGCUCAAUGGUGCCCUCGACUCAGGCAGCGGUCACCGCCAACACCAGCAGGAGCAGAGGACCCGGGGCCAGGGUGGCCUCUACACCGUCUCCAUGGACUCACUGCCACCUUAUGAGGCUGUGUGUGGAGCCCGCUCCCCAUCAGACCUGCUGCCGCUGCCAGGAUCAGAACCAGGGCCAAGGAACUCACCAGGCUGGCCCGCCCCCCGCUGGACCCCAGCUUCCAGCCCAGAGAGAGCUGUGUGAAUGAGCCACCUCCUCCAGCACACACAACCUGUGCACACACAUACACACGGUUCUACACACAUACACACACACGCUGACAAGCCCCACACGUGUGGUUGCGUGUGCACACGGGCCACCCACCCACAAAACUACCUGCCAAGGGUUCAAAUUCAUUCAGAUGAAGCUUUCUCCAAUCCCUGGAGGAGUGGGGGAGCACCGAGGUAGAAAACCCAGCUUUUUCUCUGUUUCCCAGGCUUCACCAGGUGGGCUACACCCAAAUUCUCUUUCUCCUGCAGAACUUCUUGGUCAGGCCUGGUCAGUUGCCUGUUCCUGGCCCUUGCCCCAGGCUUUGUCCUCUGCCAUGCGCUGUGCCUGUCUCUCACCUCUAGGGCAAGAGAGGCAUUUCUUCUCCACUCUGCUCUGCCACUUCCGGGAGAGGGGCGAGGGGGGGACACACAGGCCUGGGGACUCAGGCAUGGUGUGGAAGUCCCUCACAGCCCACCCCAACUCAACACCCUCAGUGUGGAGGUGCUAGGAGAUGACCUCAGAAACCCACCCCAGGCUACAGAGAAUGGAGCUGGGCCCUGGGGGGUGCAGGGGUGGAGGUAGCAUAUGGUUUUCUAUUCAUCUAACCACUGCCCCAGGACUGAGAUAGCUUUAGAGAAGGCAAACCCACCACCUCUGCCUGGGUAGCCUGGCCCCAGUGCUGCCCGGGGGUGCCCAUGCCAAAUAAGAGCGUGUUGCUCCACCAACGCCUCCCCAACCCAGGCAGCCUGAGCUGGGUGGCAGCUCAUAGAUGAGAACUCAGUCCAAGUACAGGGGUUCCCAGCCUCAUCAAAACCACUUUGAUAGCCAGGUGCCAGAGGCUCACGACUGCAAUCCUAGCUACUC